UUCAGUUCGUAUCGAGACAGCGCGUCGAAGCGUGGUCGGUCCACCACACCACGUACGGGAAAUCCGUGCGGAGUUUCUCUCCUCCUCACACCUAGUGCUGUGGUGCAUUAGGCAACAACGACCAGAACCCAUCCACCCCCCCCGCCUGGGUGCGGGUUCUUUUCAUCCGUAAAGAACUCAAGCUGGUCUCAAAAGUUCACGGUUGUGCCGGUGUACCCGAGUGAAGCUGUUUUUCCUCUCGCGUCAUCCACGUAACCACGCUUUUGGAUGGCGAAUGUUUUCGAGUGCGUCGUCAGUGGCACCGGCAGCCGAUGGAUGGUGGGGACGCUCAUCCUAACGCAUCUGAUUGCGUACAAUGAGGCGGGCGGACCCGGGCUGAUGAUAGGGAUGGCGCUGGCAGCCCUGUAUGCCGCAUUCGCUGGAACGUGCAAAUCGGGCAUCAAAUCGCUACAGAUCUCCUACAUUCGCACCACGCACCGGGUCGACUUCUUCUGUCUGUUUCUCGCCAAGUGGAUGGACAUAUUGGCCCUGUUCUCGGCCUGUGCCGUGCUGGUGCGAACGCUAAGCUCGUGCCUCGACGCCAUGACCGGCGGGCUGGCGCGGAUGUAUAUUUUAGGCCGUAACUCACCCGCCAACGAACCCUGGCCGGACGUAAUCGGUGUGGUAGUCAUCUUCAUCGUAACCGGGAUGUUUAUGCUGGGGUUGGAGAAUACCCGAAUCUUCGGCUGCCUGAUGAUGGCGGGCGUCCUGCUCGUCGGCACACUGAUUGUCAUCAUGACGGGGUUGCGCGGCAAUCCGGCCCUGUUCCGUACCGAGCCGAUCCUUCCGAAGGGUGUCGUUGGGCUCCUUUCCGGGACGGCACUGUCAACGUUCACUUACUCGAACGAUUUACUAAACGGUAAUUACAUCAAACGUCUCCUGGGAUUGGUCGUUAUCCUGCUAGUGUUACUAUCGAGCGAACUAGUCGGUGCGUGCUUAACGAUGCUGAUAAAAUUCAGUUCCAGCCACGACUACGAAGCCGUCCCCAUCCUUUCCAUCCUGGAGCUGAAGGACUUUCACAAGCUAAUCCCGGCCGUCGCCUGUCUGCUCGUGCUCACCUGUUCCGGCGCCCUGCUCGAACUGUUCCCCGAGAUGUACACCCAAAUCGUGCAGCUAACGACCUCGGACUGGCGCAUCCUGGCGAAACAGAUCGGGUACGAAAAUCGGGACAGCGGUAGCCCGACGCUGACAAUCUUUACCGGCGGCAGUUUGUGCGCUAUGCUCGCGUUCGCCUGUCCGCUCGAGAAUCUCACGUACAUCCUGGCGGCCAGCAAUGUGCUGGCCACGUUGCUGAGAUCUUUCCACUUCCUGUACCUACCCUUCCGGCCCCAUUAUCUCGAGCAGCAAAAUGAGUCAAGCCUUGGGUACAGUCGGUUGAACACGGGUAAACCCACGUCCACUGCUUCCGGUGGCGCAUCGAACGCGAGCAACGGUCUUCGGACCGGACGUCGAUCGAGUCUUUGGUGCUUUAAAUCGUCCAACUUUUGCAACACCACCAAAGCCGCUCUAGCCCAUCACAUGCUACCAGGGAGUCGGGGUGCGCACAUGUCCCACACGAACGGGUUCAAUCGGGAGGAACAUGAGCGCGAGUGGCUGCUGCUCGGUGAACCAUCCUCACCGAAAGGACCACCGCACAGCCCACCGAGCACCGUGGAGUCAACGGUCCUGUCGGACCAAAUCUCCGACAUUGAGUGUAUUGCGCUGGCCAAACCGGAAAACAUGGACAGUGAGGAUAGUUCGACCGAUAUCGAUGCGAUUGUGGAUGAGUACCGGCAGAAGGUGACCGUCUCGACGGCCGGGUACACAUCCGACGGGGAUACGUUACGGCUGCCGACAGCGAACAGCUGGUAUCUGGCCAUCAUAUUCAUCGUGCUGAUCGUGCUGGGCAGCGUGAUAACGGCGUCCGGAUUGAUGCUGUGGGAUACGAUCAUGAUCAUUGCCGGCGUGAAUGUGGUUUUCAUUCCAGCAACGAUUCUGCUACUAUUUCCGAGGUACCAUCAAACGAGUUCCUCACCGACAGCGCCAGCCAUGAUGACGUGCGUGGUAACGGUGCUCGCUUCGUUCAUCCUUUUCUCGGCUUCGUUUGCUCAGUCGUGGCCAGCGUUGCUGCUCUGGUUUCUAGCAGGACUCUUCCUAUUCAUCCGAUGCGAUACCUGGUGCUGCCUGUGUCUGGAUCGACCCGGCAGCGGCCAAACGACGCUCAUUACCAGCGUGUCCACCACGAAGACGACCACGAUUCGCGUUCCACGCCCGCCGAAGGGAGCCAUCAUACAGGCACGCAUUGCCGGCCACAGCUGACACUCGGACUCGACCGACAGUGAGCUGUUCGAGGACGAGGACACGGUCGAAGAGUGGACCGACUGAUGGAUCGACGGACGCACUGCAAGCUGUGGUGUGCUCGUGUAGAACUCCGUGCUGCAAUGUGAGAAAGGCAAGCAAUGCAGUGGAACUGUUGGUGGCGCAUGUGGGUUGUGGUUCUCUAGUGUUUGUGUGUGUGUGUGUGUGUAUGUUUUGCUCGUACCUUACUCUCACUGGGACUGUGUAUGUGUAUGUAUGUGUGAUGUGCGUCUGUCCAACCAUCCAUCCAUCCAUCCCCGGGCCUUUGCCGUCGCCUGUGCCGCGGUUGGCAAAAAAAUACAAAACAGGCACACAACGUGUAUGUUAAUGUGAUAAGACAAAACCAAAGGAAAAUCAAAGCCUACGAUUGUUAAGUAAGGCCAUUUAGCAAACAAACAAACAAAAACAGCAUUUAGACAGAUGGUAGUUUAGAUCUUUUUUCUCUUUGCAAUGUAUUUAAACGCGUGGCAAGCGGUUGUGUGGCCUGUAGUGCGCUCGACGAAAUGCGUCAAUUAAUCAUACCAAAAACCCUUCGGAACGCGGAUAAACAGUGUAACGAGAAAGGUACAUCGAAUGGGUUCUAUGCUCCAUGUUAAAGCAAACGUGCGUGUUUGAAAUGUAUUUUUUUUCCGGGGGUGGGGGGGGGGUCCGUUUCCGUUUUCCAACAAACCAUUUCGAAAGCCUAAUCUUGUGCGGCCUUCAACGAUUACCCCCCCGUCAUAGAUAGGUUUUUUCGUUAGACGAUCGUUUUGCGGCAUGUGUUGCAAGUAGCGCGCUGAAGAUGUUAAGAUAAAGCUACGGAAAGGAAAAGGGAGACACGUGGUGAUAUAUAUUUUUUGCGAAACCUUAGCUUGGUUGGUGCUGGUAGUUGUUGGACAAAGUUAACUAAACUUUUUGAUGGACUAAAAGAAUCGCGCAUAUAGCGUUUGUUAGUAGAGACACCCUUUUUGGCGGCAGGGGAGCGAAAACAAGCAAGCUCGUUAGAUAGCAAUAGGAUACGCGUGGACGAAGAUUUUAAAUAUAUAAAACCGAACCGUUUGUUUUCCUUUCUCACUGUGGGGGCAAUAAUUCUUGCAAUCGACAUCUUAUCAAUCGUUAUUGUCUGUUUAGGAAUUGGCGUGAAUUCCAUUUCUUUUUUAAUGCAAUGGUUCGGAACAAUCUGUAUAUUCAAUUGUAAAAUAAGGAUAAAAACCCAUUCUCCCCAUUGGUGUUGCUCUAUUCUGUAUGGAAAGAUAAUUUCUAAUAAAGUGUUCCUUAUGCUCCAAAAUACUUAAAAAA